AUGCCAUCACAAUCCCUGACCGCUGCUCUACUUGAUUGUCAUAGAGUUGCAGCACCUACAGUACCCAACUUCUCCGCUAUAGCCAAAGAACACAAUGUUGUACGCACCACCCUCAGUCGCCAUUACUACAAAUCUCUUCAUGACAUUCCACCUGAUGGUCGAUCCAACCAAGCUCAUCUUGAUGAACAUGAAGAAGCUGUCUUAGUAAAGCGUGUGCUUGAGUUGGGGAAGCGUCGACUCUAUCCCACUCCUGCCAUCCUGCGGAACAUGGCAUACGAGAUCUGUGGUACCCUUCCGUCUAGCAAGUGGGCAACCCGGUUCAUAGAUCGCCACAAGGACAAAAUCAAGUGCAUGAGGGUUCAUGGAAUGGAGAAAUCACGACAUGCGGCCGAGUAUAAACCUAUCUUUGAGGAGUACUUUGAUAUUGGGUUCAUCAUCGGUCAGACAAACAAGGAAUCUUGGAUACUCCCCCUUGAAGAGACACUCAAGUCAGACCCAGCAAAAGCGCGCAUAGACGGAUCCCGAGAAUUCGUAACCCUCAUCGCUACCAUCUGUGCCGAUGGCACUGCCCUUCCUCCUGCUCUCAUCUAUAAAGGGGUUUACGGUCAGGUAUGCGAGAGCUGGACAUCAGAGGUUCUCCCAAGCGAUGAGAUCUUCAUGGGUGCAUCAGAAAAAGGGUGGACAGACGAUAAUCUUGGACUCCAAUGGCUCACGGAGGUUUUCGAUAAAAGUACUACUUCAAAACAACUACGGCGUCGUCUUCUUAUUGUUGAUGGACACUCGAGUCAUGUCAACUACACAUUCCUGCAGCUUUGUGAUUCGCUUCGCAUCGCAGUCUGCAUUCUUCCUCCACACAGCACCCACCGUCUUCAGCCGUUGGAUGUUGGCGUCUUCUCACCACUUUCCUCUCACUACACAACCGUCUCUACCCAAUUGUCUGUCGCCUGGGAAGGUAGAGUAGGAAUGAGCAAGUCACUCUUCUACCUAAUUUUCAAGCAAGCAUGGGCCAACGCUCUCUCAGAAUCGACUAUACGAAACGCUUUCGCCAAGGCAGGCAUCCAUCCACAGAACCGUAGUGUGGUAAUGGAUGGCGUCUUCACCCGACCGGUAACCCCUCCCCCAAAAGAGCAAACUACUCCACUUCACUCCUUGUUCAAUCCACCCAGCUCCCCCCUCAAUGCCUCUGGUUCAGUCAAGCUCAUGCAUCGAAUGCGUAAAGGUGAAGUCACACCCGACUACACAAGCGGCAAGUUGUACAAGGCAUUCCGCUCUCUAUCAGCCGAUCAUCGCCUCAUGAAAUCGAAGCUAGAUAAUUUGGAGCAGGCAAUAUCACAUACAAAGAGAAAGAGGACAACCCGGAAGUAUGUAGCUGAUCAAACGGAUGGUGGGGUAGCAUUCUUAGGGCCACGGCAGUUCCAAGAGGCGAGGGAAGCAUUUGAGCGGGAGGAAGCGGAAGCGGAGGAAGCACAGAGGUUGAAGGUUGUUGCCGCAGAGGAACGUGCGGAGAAGAAGAGGGAGCAGGAGGAGGCAACCAAGGUGCGAAGAGCAGAGGUAGCUGAGGCUCGAGCCGAGAAGAAAAGGAAACAGGAGGAGGAAAAGGAGCAAAAGAGACAAGACCGAGAGCUCAGGCAGGCCGAAAAAGCGCUACAAACACUGGCUGCAUUUGAAGCAAAGACAUCGGCCGGUCCAUCAAGAUAUGUAAGUCAUUUCAAAGCACUAGCCAUGGCUGAUAGCCUCAGGAGUAGUUCUGGAGCGGUCCAUCAAUAUGGUGGAUGUAGGGAUGGGAUAGGUGCCGCACUUGCCUGUUCCGGAGCAUUCAGUGUGACAGUGGCUCAGUAUGACUCAAGCAAGAUGAGGAUAUGA